AUGAAGGCGUGGAGUGACGAAUGGAGGUGUGCGCGGCUGCGGCUGCAGCUCCGCAACGAGGAGCUCUUUCAGGGGGAGACUGUGAAUGUGGAGGUUUGUGCGGCGGCAUCUCGAGGCCCCUCGGCGCCCAGCAGCAAGAGCCAGGGGGAGAUCAAUACCGAGCGACUGUUGCAGCGCUGGCGAGAGCACUGUGAAGGCGCUCGGGUGCAGAUUCAGGUCGUGGAGGCGCCAGGAGCGAGCGGCGGACCCGGUUCAUCGUCCGCCACUCUGUUUAGGCAAGAGACGCAGCUGUGCCGGGUGUCUGUGGCUCAUACCGACGACGGAGCUGGGCCUGUGGUGGUGCUGAAGGCCCAGUUCGACCUGAAAGUGCGGCACGAGUUCUGGGGCCGAGACGUGUUGCUCAUUGUGCACGUUACACCAAAGAACAGUAUUGUCGGUGCUGCUGAGGGGCUCAGCACUGGUGGGACUACUGGAGGCAUGGGACCAGGACUAACGGCAGUGCCUGCAGCAUCACUACUGAGGGACGAGUGGGCGACUUCGCAGUUGCUGUCGCUUACGAGGGAGGAGGCUCAGCCGACGCCGAUGAUGACUCGGCGUAUGGAGCAGCGAGUUGUGGUCACGAAGCCCUUGCAGCUUGAAGUGGAGACGCGCGAGCUCGCUGGACAGCGUGUGGGCGUUCUUGCUCGCGCCUCCAACGCCCACUCGACGUUAGCCUUGGCGGUGAGGGAUCUGCAUCUCCAUCUGGACCAAUCGUUACGAACGCCGCCCAAAGCUCUUGGAAGCGAAGCGCCUCGUUUCCGCGUCGUAAGCGGCGACCAAGUCCCGUUUCCAGUCGUGUUGCUACCGCAAGAAUGCUACAACUUCCUGUUCGUGUUGGAGCCAGUAGAACUUAUGGCAGCAGAUGAGUCGCCGCGAGGGCCAGAAGCAGGUGAACAAGCCAAGCAAUCGACGCGGACGACGAGCAGCGCGCAGAAGAAAGGAAAGGACCCUACUGCCCAGCACACGUUAUUAACCUUGUCCUGGCAGGCCGUCGCCGUUACGAUGGAUGCGGUGACGGAGAAUCGUACGAUUGUAUGGUCUCCGAAAGCAACGCCGCUCCCGCUUUCGCGUGACGAUAACGAGCACCACGCAGAUAUGCAGAAGCUGGUGUCGUCUGCGCUCGAGCGAGGCGCUAAGCUCGAUGCGGAUUUCAGAUGCGUGCGACUCCUUCCGGACGCAGCUUUGCAAGUCACGCUUGCUCCGCUGUCGACGGGCAUCUUGGUCGGGAGCGCGGUGACCGUGUGUGUGACGGUGGCGAACCGCUCCGCACACAGGGAGUUUGACUUGACACUGGUGUUACCCUCCCGAACAGAGAGAGCUCUUGGUGCUUCUGGAGAGGACCCUUCCUCUUUCGUGGGGUUCGAGGCUUCCCACCGCUUGGGAUUGAUACGCCCGGGCAUGAGCGUCAGACGGAGUCUGCACGUAGUAUUUCUGCGCGUGGGCAAGUGCGCGCUGGGCCCAGUCGUGCUGGUGGACGACUUGACACGGACCUGCUUCGUGUCUGGCGCGUGGGAGGUUUUCAUCAAAAACUGA